GACACAUGGUCCGCGGGCUUCGACGCGUGCAGACGCUACGACACCGCAGGCGGUACACGUGAAUUUUACGAUCGACGUGGGUUUCGUAAGAAAUUUUUUUCUUUGUCGUGGUUUUGUUUGAAAAGUGAUAUUAACGAAUUUUUUGAGAAGAAACCAUGGAAAGAGUUAUUUUUCGUGUAAUUAGGAUUUGAAGUAAACAACGCGAAACUUUACCAAGAUGUUGUUCCAUGAAAUUACGGCGACGGUUCUCCAGUUCAUUCUAAUCAUCCCCGUGUCUUCCGCUGUAAGUUGGGAAGAAUGGUGGACGUACGACGGCAUAUCAGGUCCCGCGUUUUGGGGUCUCAUUAAUCCGGAAUGGUCGUUGUGCAAUAAGGGCAGACGACAAUCUCCAGUUAAUUUAGAACCGAAUAAGCUGCUUUUCGAUCCCAAUCUUCGACCACUUCACCUAGAUAAACACAGAGUGAGCGGAUCUAUCAUGAAUACCGGUCACAGCGUGAUCUUCACCGUAGAAAACGACACCAGGCAACAUAUCAACGUGAGCGGUGGUCCGCUUUCCUACAAAUAUCAAUUCCAAGAGAUCCACAUCCACUACGGUCUCCACGAUCAAUUCGGAUCCGAACAUUCAAUAAACGGAUACGCCUUCCCCGCCGAGAUCCAGAUUUUCGGCUUCAACUCACAGCUUUACUCCAACUUCUCGGAGGCAUUGCACAAAGCUCAAGGGAUCGUAGUUAUUUCUCUUCUUUUACAGUUAGGGGAUUUAUCCAAUCCUGAAUUGAGGAUUUUGACCGAUCAACUAGACAAAAUUAGAUACGGGGGGGAUGAAAUCGAAGUGAAACGUCUGUCAGUUCGGGGUCUACUCCCCGAAACGGACUACUACAUGACGUACGACGGUUCGACGACUAUGCCGGCUUGCCACGAGACAGUCACUUGGAUGAUUCUCAACAAACCAAUUUACAUCACCAAGCAACAGAUGCUCGGUCUCCGAAGACUAAUGCAAGGGGACGCCAAACACCCCAAAGCGCCCUUAGGAAACAAUUUCAGACCACCGCAACCGUUGCAUCACCGACCAGUAAGGACAAAUAUUGACUUCAAUGUUAAACAUCGAAGUGAUAUCGGCAAACAGUGUCCGAGUAUGUACAAAGACGUGUACUACAGAGCGAACAGCUGGAGACAACAUUAGACACGUGAUUCUUGUGCCAUAUCAAUUUUUUUUUUCAUUUUUUGAUUUUUCAAUUAGAAUAAAAACUAAUAGUGGAAAUUCGAAAUGGAAAAUGUGAAGUGACCAAACUUUCUUAGCGCUAAUAACAACACAAAAUAAAACAUAUCAUAUUUGCGAAAAAGAUUUAUGUAUAUAUAUACAAGGCCUGUAUGAAAAUAACUCUGAUUUACGUGGAUGUAUAUAUACCCCCAGCUCAAAGUUUAAAAUGACAAAUUCCGACUUUAUAUUCGUCGUUUUUGAAUCGUUUUUUGUUUAUUAUACAUAAACAGGGAUCCCUUAACAUAUUUUUAUCCAAAAAACCCUUAAAUCUUUUAUUUCGUUAGUGAAGGGAAUGAAUCUUCGAUAACAUCUUCUAUCUAUUUAAUAUUUUUAGUAGAAUUUGUCGAAAUUUGAAUUGAAGUCACUUUAUAUGGUGAAAAUUUCCGAUUUUUAGAUUGACAUUAAUUUUUUUGGGGGUAUAUAAAAAUCUACAAGUGUAAAUCAGUGUAAUUUUUCGAAUUGUUUCUUAAUCAUCGUCGAUUUAUAGGUAGAGGUCACUAAAUACAUUUUUUUACGUAAAAAGCAAGCACAAGACAAUGAAAAGAUACCUGUGGAUAUUGAUCUUGAAAUUAUGUAGGUUAGAGCCCCUUAGAGCCCCUUAAAGACGUGCCUUGCACUUCUCCAAAGAAAGAAAUCUACAUACGUGCUUGGUACUCUCGAGUUCUUAUGGAUCUUCGAAGUUAGAUCUUCUAUGCUCAAAAGUCCCCAAGUUUCUGGUCAAAUCUCUUCCGUAUUGAGCCGAGUUUCCUCAGAGAGUGCUUGGAAAGCGAGCUCUAAACAUGUGAGCCAUCUUGGACGAAGCUGGGCCUCGUAGAUAAUUAGAAGCUGUUGCUUUUUGAUCUUAAAGAGAUCUCCAAGUUUUCGUGAAGCUGUUUUAGCUCAUUUCAGAGCUGCAGUGCUAGUUUUCUUCGCAUUUGUAGUGGUAAAUCGGAGUUAGAUCUUCUAUGCUCUAAACUGUCCAAGUUUUUGAUCAAAUCUCUUCCGUAUUGAGCCGAGUCUCCUCAGAGAGGGCUUGGAAGGCGAGCUCUAAACAUAUGAGCCAUCUUGGACGAAGCUGGGCCUCGUAGAUAAUUGGAAGCUGCUGCUUUUUGAUCUUAAAGAGAUCUCCAAGUUUUCGUGAAGCUGUUUUAGCUCAUUUCAGAGCUGCAGUGCUAGUUUUCUUCGCAUUUGUAGUGGUAAAUCGGAGUUAGAUCUUCUAUGCUCUAAACUGUCCAAGUUUUUGGCUAAAUCUCUUCCGUAUUGAGCCGAGUUUCCUCAGAGAGUGCUUGGAAAGCGAGCUCUAAACAUGUGAGCCAUCUUGGACGAAGCUGGGCCUCGUAGAUAAUUAGAAGCUGUUGUUUUUUGAUCUUAAAGAGAUCUCCAAGUUUUCGUGAAGCUGUUUUAGCUCAUUCCAGAGCUGCAGUGCUAGUUUUCUUCGCAUUUGUAGUGGUAAAUCGGAGUUAGAUCUUCUAUGCUCUAAACUGUCCAAGUUUUUGGCUAAAUCUCUUCCGUAUUGAGCCGAGUUUCCUCAGAGAGUGCCUGGAAAGCGAGCUCUGAACAUUUGAGCCAUCCUGGACGAAGCUGGGCCGAUCAAAGGUAAUCAGAAGCUGUUGAUGUUGUUGUGAAGCUGUCUUAGAUAGUUCCUGAGCUGUCCAGCCAGCCUUCUUUGUAAAAACAUCAACCUGGGUCUUAGCUGCAUUAAAUUCAAUCAGAUCGCUUCCAAAAAACCUCUUUUAUCUGAAUAUUCGCAUCCAUUUGGGCGACUGGGACUUUAGUUUUUCACUUUUUCGUUAUAUAGUUCCUUGCAGGUAUUUUUUUGUGACAAUAAACAAAAUUUUCGUUUAGAUUACUUACGGAAUCUCGUCUGUACAAGUUUCAUUGGAAUUAAAACAAAUAUCAUGAUUGUACGUAAUUAAUUUCACCAUUCUACGAUUAAUAAAUGAGUUUUAUCUCUAAAUCGACGAUACCAGCUCACUUAGUAUUAAUUUUUUAUUAAAACACCCUGUAUAUGUUAUUUAUGAUUCAGUUUGAAUUAGAAAGCAUGCGAAGAUCGAAAUUAGUCUAGAAAUUCCGAUUUAUUUAAAUAAUAUUAAGAAAAAUGACAACAAUUCGACUACGUUCUAUUCGUCUUUUCCAUUAUUAUACGAGGGUAGUCCCUGAAAUAACUUAAAAAAAUAUAUUUAUCAAUUUUUAGCUUUAUAAACUUUUCCCAGCGAUGUUCAAUAAGUUCGAUACCGUUUUUAUAAUAAAAAACUUUAUUGUUGGAAAAUUUUUGAUCACCGAUCCAUUUUUAACUAGUCUGGGAAAAGGAAAUAAUCAGAGGAGCCCAAAUCUGGCGAAUAGGGUGUAUUAGACAGCAAUUCUAACCGACGCUGAAGAUGGAUUUGUCUUUGCCUUCUUUGGAGCUAGUUUUACCUCUUCAGCACAUUGUUUCGAUUGUUAUUGUGAAGUGAUGGACCCACGUUUCAUCCAUGGUUAUAAAACAGCGCAAAAAUUUCUGUGAAACAUUGCCAAACACUCGAUGGAAACGCGUGGUUACAUUGUGAGUAAACGCGGGCACCCAUCUUACACAGAGCUUUCUCCUGUCCAAAUUUCCAAUUGAUAUUAGCCCACACGCUUUCAAUCGACGAUCAUCCAGUACCGCUUCUUGGAUUUUCUUCAGCAUUUCUGAAUUCGCCACCUCAUGCUGCUGAUCUUCGCGUUUCGUGCGGUCUCGUCGAAACUCUGCUAUCCAAUAUGUUACUAAUAUUAACAAAGGAGCAGUCUCAGCCAGAGAUUGUGUAUUUUCUAAUAUUUUUUCAAGCAACUAUCAGGACCAUUCUCGUAAAAUCAUAAAAUGACGUGAAAACUGAAAUGAUUUUCUCGAAUUUUUCAAAAUAUUUAAUUCAAUUUCGACUAGGAGUACUUUAAUAUCAAUAUCAAUAAUUAAAUCGUAAUAUUAAUAUAAUAAACGAUUGUUAUAUCAUUGAUGAAAUAUUCAAAGCGAUAAGACAAUCAAAAGUCAAAAUGUAAUGAAAAAAAAAAACUUUUCAUUCAUAAAUUAUCGAUAUCAUAUCAUCCUUCGAUUUCAAAUUAAAAUCAGUAAAGAUAGAUUUCGACAUCGUUGUGCUUCAUCAGUAUAAUUUCGUCUUGGAAAUGUUAUUUUUUUGUUUUUUAUUUCGUUCAAUUAGUAGUUUCUUUUGGCCUAAUUAUGAAUCGAAAACGGAUUAAAUACUAAAAGGUAUUUAAAUAAAAUGAUGUAUAAUAUUAUAUAUAUAAUAGGAAAAAAAAUAGUCUGCGAAAUGUUUAUAAACAAUUUAUUAUAUUUGUGUUCCAAAAAUUUAUUUAUUUCGUAAAAUUAUAAGCGACGUUGUAAAUAAAGCUGAUAUUUGUUUAUUAA